AUGGGCUGCUACGGACAGCCGCAGCUACCGCCGGUGCGUACACAUAAUCCAGAAAUUGAUACAGCCCCAGGCACGCACAGCAGAGACAAUUCAAGUGUCGGCAUCCAAUGCCAUCACUUCCAAUUUCCGUUGAUGAUUCAAAAAAACGCAAAGCACUCGUUGGUGUUUCGUAGACAAUGGAAAAGUGCGGAUGGUAAUCCUCAUCAACAAACGGUACAAUGUCGCCGUGAAGCUCACCUUCAGGGUCCCCACACCGACGGCGGCCUAACUCCAACGGCGGUAAAGGGGGGGCACCUGGUGCAUGAUGGACAUCCGCAACGCACAAGUGUAGCACAGUACAUCCUUUCUGUCCUUAUUCUCUGCCAUCCCCGUUGUCUUGCCCCAGUCCUUAAAAAAUGA